AGUCAAUCUGACAGGUCACCUGUAUUGGAUCCUCAGCUUAUGCACUGCUGCCUCUUAUGAACUUUUAAAGCUCUUUUAAUUUGUCUCUGUUUGUUUUUGUGGACCGGGAAGAAUAAUUCUUCUGUCUCUCAAGGCAUCCGAAUGUCUUUUUUCCUGAUAUCUCCUCGAUGUGAGCAUUUUGGGUGCAUUCAGUGACAUCAUGCGACGACUUCUGUGUCUGCAUGCAUUCCUGUGCUGCAUCACUAUGGCUCAUCCCUUCUGUCCAUCCCAGUGUACCUGUGUCUUUCAUGGACGCACCGAUGGAACAGGAACCAGAUCUGUGCUCUGCAAUGACCCAGACAUGUCUGAUAUUCCUGUCAAUGUCCCUGUGGACACGAUUAAACUUCGUAUUGAGAAAACUGCAGUACGUAAAGUCCCGACAGAAGCUUUUUACUACUUGGUGGAUCUACGGUACCUCUGGAUUACCUAUAAUUCCAUAACCUCAGUGGAUACUGGAAGUUUCUACAACCUAAAAGUGCUCCAUGAGCUGAGACUGGAUGGGAAUAUGAUCUCCAUGUUUCCGUGGGAAUCCCUCAAAGAGAUGCCAAUGCUGAAGACACUGGAUCUUCACAACAACAGAAUUAAUAAUGUUCCCGCUGAUGCGAUCCCCUAUCUGCGCAACAUUAGCUACUUGGAUCUAUCUAGCAACAAAUUAACUACCCUGCCCUCUGAACUCAUGGAUAUAUGGCCACCCUUUAAUGGUCUUCCUGUAUCUUCUGAUGCCUCCCAGAAAGUAGUAUUAGGCCUCCAGGAUAAUCCAUGGUUCUGUGACUGUAAAAUCUCCAAGCUGAUUGAGAUUUCCAAAAUGGCUGAGACACCAGUGGUUUUGAUGGAUCUAUUCUUGAGCUGCGUUGGACCAGAGAAUCUCGCAGGUGUUCUUUUUCAGCAUGCUGAACUUGAAAACUGUGUAAAACCAUCAGUGAUGACAUCUGCAACCAAGAUCACAUCUCCUUUGGGCAGUAAUGUUCUCCUGCGAUGUGAUGCUACAGGUCUUCCAACACCUACACUUUACUGGGCUAAAUCAGAUGGCUCACCAGUCAACAAUACAGUCCAGGAGUCACCUGGAGAUGGCAUAAGGUGGUCCAUCAUGAGCUUGCAUGGAAUAUUGUACAAAGAUGCGGGCAACUACAGUUGCAAAGCUAAGAAUGUUGCCGGCAGUGCAGAAGCCACUAUUUCUCUCACAAUUGCUGGUACCAUUGGCACCACGAUCAUCCCACUAAGACCUGGCAUCGGCACUGGACCAACCAGCUUGGGCACAACAAUAAUUCCACCAACGGGUAUUCCUGACUCACUAAUGUCGACGGUCCUCCCAAGAGCAUCAACAACUGCUGUCUCUAGAAAGCUAAAAACGACCCCUAGCAAUAGUCUACAAAAAGACACAGUUAAGCAAACAAAAAAUAAGCAAGGAGGUACUGGGAGAAAACUCGCAGCAGAUGAAAAAAGCAAGAAAAGUGAUGCAUCCAAAUCUGUCAAGGAUUUAAAGAUUGUUGAGGAAACAGCUGACAGUGCGGUGUUGCUCUGGACUGCAGAUGGUUUACCGAAUGAUACCCCGCUUACAGUUGUAUAUUCACCCUAUGGUGAGGAUGACACUAAAAGGACAGUGGAGACUAAUGCUGGCAGUGGAAAAAUACUCCUUGAUGGACUGUCAUCUGGGAUGAGGUACUCAGUUUGCCUUGUAGCAAAAGGUACUGCUGCUGGAAAAGAUCCUUGCAUUGACUUCUACACACUGGACAAUGCAGAGGAUGGUGGCCAAAACCAAUUUUUCAUCAUCAUAAGCUGCAUUGCCUGCGCUUUAGUUUUGCCUCUUAUUAUCCUGCUGCUCUACAAGAUUCUCGCUCUUUACUGCAAGGGACGCAACACUGGAUUGGAGGAAGAGGAGCUUGAAAAGGAGAGCUAUGUCAAGUUUGAGACAAUUUCAAUGAAACAAAGAAAUCUGAACUCUCACCCAACUGAGCUUUGGGCAAGGAGACCAACUAACGAGUCAGAGCGAAUGCUCCUGUGUUCCAGGUCCAGUAUAGACUCCCAAAUGACUUAUAAGAGUGACAGUUCCCGGUCUGAAUAUCUCUGCUAAAGCAGGAAGCCAUUGUUAACAUUCAAACACUAUAUACCACAUUAUAUAAGAUACUCUUUAUAUGCCUUUCAUGACACUGAUAAAAAUGACUAUGAAACUACUCAUAAUUAUAUAUUCAUUUUGUUACAUUUGCUCAGGACCAGAGAAUUGAACCACCGCACUGUGUGGUGUAAUUCCAUAUAGGCAAGUGUUACUACUUGGUAGCCAAGUAACCUCCCCCAGCAGUUAUUUUCUGUAAACAAGACCAGCCCCCAAAUUAAACUGAUGGGGAGACGGCCAUAACAGCAACUUCAAAGGGACAGUGAAGACACUGACAGUGGGACUUAAAAAUUGCAUGUAUAGAAUCAUUGCAUAUAUACAGUCAAUUUUUAACAAUUAAAAACUUUGGUAACUGCCCUAUAACCACAUUUAUUCAUUUUUUCUCCAAAGGUUAACCUUUAAGCAAACUUUCCUGACUCUCAAUUGUGCACUUGCACAAAUUGGCUUGAUGUUAAUCGGCUCAGCUCUUAUAAAGCAGAUGAUUGGAUUUUUUGGGCAGGAAUGUGCCAAAUACCUAUUUUUUUUUUUUGCCAUUACUGAUUUUUUUUCUAUUCAGGAUUCUUUAAGUGGUUUGUCUCUCCUUUGUAACAGUUCUAUUUAUACAUCUAUUUUGAAAGGCUUAAGAAAAAACUUCCCCAAAUGACAUAUUUAUUCAUUUCCUUAUACUUUUAAAGCCUUAUAUUUAAUAAUUCAAAUGGUUCUCACUACAGUACAAUAUAUGAUUAUAAAUGGUACGAGACAAGAAAUUAGCUGUCUUUUUUGAUGCCAAAGUUGCAAAGUGUCAGGUAUGAAUAUUGUGAUAAUGUCACAGAAAACCACGAAUUUCUCCAUCACAUUUACAUGACCAUGUUGGCUUUAAGCAUUAAGCCAAAUGUUGCCUUUCUAGAAAAGUACUGUCAUUGUGUCAUUGUGUCUAUAAAUGGAUUGUACAUUUGUUUUAAUAAACAUAACUGUGGAAUUA